AUGCCAUCGACGCCGUCUCCAGAGCCUCCCAUAGCCGUCCCCCCAUCUGUCCCCAUCUUCGUCUCCUUCCACAAUGGGCACAAUCACGCUCCGGCCCUUCCCCCCAUCUCCGCCUCACCAUCAGAGAGUCCUUCCAACGGGGAAUUUUCUCCAGUUCUAUCUCCAGCUGACAACCCGGAUUUUUUUCUAUCGCCGCCUCCCUCUUCCGGCGGUGUAUCAACGGGAGCGGUGGUUGGAAUCGUCAUCGGAGGAGGAGCUCUGCUUGUGGUAUUGACUUUGAUUUAUUUCCUUUACAAAAAGAAACGAAAAAGAGACGAUGAAGCACCUCCUGCUCCCAAAGCUGGAGGGCCUUACGGAGGACAGCAGCAACAAAAUGCAUCACGGACAUCAGAUCAUGUGAUGACGUCACUGCCACUACCAAAGCCUAAUUCUCCACCACAACAACUUCCCUGGACUCCUCCAGCACCGCCUUUCAUGAGCAGCAGCAGCGGUUACGACUCAAACUACUCGGAUCAAUCAGCUCUUCCUCCACAAUCUCCAGGGCUUGCAUUAGGCAACACUUUCAUUUACGAGGAGCUAGAAAGAGCCACCGAUGGAUUUUCUGAGGCCAAUUGGUUAGGACAAGGCGGAUUCGGAUAUGUGUACAGAGGUAUAUUACGUAACGGACAAGAAAUUGCUGUGAAAAUGUUGAAAGCAGGGAGUUCUCAGGGAGAGAGAGAGUUUCAGGCAGAGGUCGGGAUCAUUAGCCGGGUACAUCAUAGGCAUUUGGUUGCUCUUGUCGGAUAUUGCGUCGCCGAUGCUCAAAGAUUGCUUGUCUAUGAGUUUGUUCCCAACAACACUCUCGAGUUUCACCUCCAUGGGAAGGGACAGCCUCCGAUGGAAUGGAGCUCAAGAUUGAAGAUUGCUGUUGGUUGUGCCAAAGGAUUGUCUUAUCUUCAUGAAAAUUGCAACCCUAAAAUCAUUCAUCGUGACAUCAAGGCGGCAAACAUAUUGGUUGAUUUCAAAUUUGAAGCAAAGGUUGCUGAUUUUGGUCUUGCCAAGAUUGCUUUGGAUACAAACACUCAUGUAUCUACACGCGUUAUGGGAACCUUUGGGUAUUUGGCUCCAGAAUACGCUGCAAGCGGAAAGCUGACAGAAAAGUCUGAUGUUUACUCAUUUGGCGUUAUCCUUUUGGAGCUUAUAACCGGACGUCGGCCUUUUGAUCCAACCAAUGUCUAUGCAGAUGAUAACUUGGUUGAUUGGGCACGACCUGUGCUUGACCAAGCAUCUGACGAAAACAACUUUGAAGUUUUGGUUGAUACAAAGCUGAAUAAUGAGUAUGAUAGAGAAGAAAUGGCUCGCAUGGUUGCUUGUGCUGCAGCUUCUGUUCGCCAUUUAGCUCGCCGGAGACCUACCAUGGACCAGGUUACGCGUGUGCUACAAGGAAACACAUCGCCAUCAGAACUGAAGGAAUAA